AAAUCCAAGAAGAACAAAAAGAACAAGAAGAAGCAGGCUGUUGUUGAAGAUGACGAAGUUCCUGAAGAAGAAGCUGCCCCGAUUGAGACCCAAGAGGCCGAAAUUGAUGAGGAUGACUUUGAAGAGCCAAAGGGUAAAAAGGGAAAGAAGGGAUCCAAGCAAACUGAAUCUCCUGCCCCUGAAGCUGCUGAUGAUGACGACGAGAACUCUGGCCGCCUUUUAACAAAGAAGGAGAAGGAGAAGCUCAAGAAGGAGAAGCUCAAGGAGGCCAAGAGAUUGGCAGCACUUGAGAAAAAAGCAAAGCAGGAAGCUGAAGAUGCCGAGUUUGACCGUCUCCUUGGAUUGGAGAACAAGGCCAAGAACGUUGAACAGGCUUCUGCUGCUACUGCUGCUACUGAUGCUCCUGCCGAAGGUGGUGUCAAGUCUAAGAACCAGCUCAAGAAAGAAAAGUUGAAGAAAAAGCAGGCUGCCCUCGAAGAGGCUGCCCAAAAGGCUGCUGAAGAAGAGGCUCGCCGAAUUGCUGAGGAAGAGGCUCGUAGAAUUGCUGAGGAGGAGCGCAUUUUGGCCGAAGAGGAAGCUAGAAAGGAAGAAAUCAGAGCUGCAAAGAAGGAGAAGGAAAGACUCAAGCGCGAGCAACUCCGUAAGGAAGGCAAGCUCUUGACAAAGGCCCAGAAGGAAGCUCAGAGACUUGCACAGCUCCGUCACCAGCAAUUGAUCGAAUCUGGUCAGGUUAAGAUUUCUGCUUUUGAGAGCCCUGAGCAGCCAACUAAGAAACCUUUCUACGGAAAGAAGAAGAAGGGUCCCACCAAGGAGGAGCAAGAAAAGAGACGUCUUGAAAACGAGGAAAAGAAGAGACAGGAGGAGGAACGCAAGAGAUUGGAGGAAGAAGAAGCAAAGAAGAAGGCUGCUGCUGAAGCUGAGGAAGACAGUGAAGAUGAGGCCACUCCUGAAGCUAAGGAGGAAGAAGAAAACUUGAAGGAAGAUUGGGAUGCUUCCUCGGAGGAAGAGGAAGAGGCCAAGCCUGCUCCUGCUGCCAAUGAGUCCGAAGAGUCCGACGAUUCUGAAGAUGACGAUUCCGAGGACGAUUCUGACGAUUCUGACUCUGACUCUGACGAUGAUUCCGACGAUGAUAGCUCUGAUGAGGAGCUCACUCCCACCCAGCGCCUUGCCCUCCAGAAGAAGGAAGAGGCUGCUGAGCGUCGCUUGCAAAGACAAAAAGAAGCUAUGGCUGCUCGAUCCAAGGAUGACCUUCGUUCGCCAAUUUGCUGUAUUCUUGGUCACGUAGAUACUGGAAAGACCAAAUUGCUUGAUAAGAUUCGUCAAACAAACGUCCAGGAAGGUGAAGCUGGUGGUAUUACCCAGCAGAUUGGUGCCACUUACUUCCCUGCCGACGCUAUUGUCAAGAAGACUGCUGUUCUUGGACCUGAUCGUGCCGAAGAAGUAAAGGUUCCAGGUUUGCUUGUUAUUGAUACCCCAGGUCACGAAUCUUUCACAAACUUGAGAACAAGAGGAAGUUCCCUCUGUAACAUUGCCAUUCUGGUUGUCGAUAUCAUGCACGGUCUUGAGCCCCAAACUCUCGAGUCUAUCCGUCUCCUCCGUGACCGUAAGACACCUUUUAUUGUCGCUCUUAACAAGAUCGAUCGUCUCUUUGACUGGAAGGCUAUUCCCGACAACUCUUUCCAGGAUUCUCUUGCCAAGCAGAAGCCUUCCGUUCAAGAUGAAUUCCAGCGUCGUGUCGAGCAGACCCAGGUAGCUUUUGCCGAACAGGGACUCAACUCCACCUUGUAUUAUAAGAACAAGAACUUCGCCAAAUACGUUUCGCUCGUCCCCACCUCUGCCCACACUGGUGAAGGUAUCCCAGACAUGCUCAACUUGUUGGUUAACUUGACCCAGAGCCGCAUGAGCGACAAGCUUAUGUACAUUACCGAGCUUGAGUGCACUGUUCUCGAAGUCAAGGUUAUUGAAGGUCUUGGUACUACUAUCGAUGUUGUCCUUGUUAACGGCUGGCUUCACGAGGGUGACAAGAUUGUCGUGUGCGGUCUUAACGGACCUAUUGUCACUCAAGUCAGAGCUCUACUUACACCCCAACCUAUGCGCGAACUCCGUAUCAAGUCUCAGUACGUUCACCACAAGUCUGUCAAGGCUGCUUUGGGUGUAAAGAUUUCUGCUCCUGAUCUUGAGAAGGCUAUUGCUGGUUCUCGUUUGUUGGUGUGUGGUCCUGAUGAUGAUGAAGAGGAUCUUAAGGAAGAAGUCAUGUCUGAUCUCACCAACCUCAUGAGCUCUAUUGAUCGCAGUGGUCAUGGUGUUUGGGUUCAGGCCUCAACUCUUGGUGCUCUCGAGGCCCUUUUGGAGUUCCUCAAGACCUCCAAGAUUCCUGUUUCCGGUAUUAACAUUGGUCCUGUUCACAGAAAGGAUGUUGUUAAGGCUAGUGUCAUGUUGGAGAAGGCACGUGAAUACGCUGUCAUGCUCUGUUUCGAUGUCAAGGUUGACAAGGAAGCUGAAGAAAUGGCGGAGGAACUCGGUAUCCGCGUUUUCACUGCUGACAUUAUUUACCACUUGUUCGAUCGUUACGUUGAAUACAACGCAGCCAUUACUGAGCAGAAGCGUAAGGACCAGGCACCAUCUGCUGUCUUCCCCUGUGUGCUCAAGAUGGUUCCCGGUGCUAUCUUCAACAAGAAGGAUCCUAUUAUUAUCGGUGUUGAUGUUGUUGAGGGCGCAUUACGUGUCGGUACACCUAUCUGCGUAGUUAAAACAAACUCUGAGACUGGCGCAAGAGAAAUCAAUACUCUCGGAAAGGUUACUUCUAUUGAAAUGAAUCACAAGUCUAUCGAUAUUGUUAAGAAGGGACAAGCUGGUGGUGGUGUAGCCAUCAAGAUUGAGUGUGCUGUAUAUGAGACACCCAAGACCUAUGGUCGUCACUUCGAAGAGACCGACGAAUUCUACAGUAAGAUUACCCGCCAGUCGAUUGAUGUUCUGAAACAGUCCUUCCGUAACGAUAUGUCCAAGGAAGACUGGGCUUUGAUUGUAAAGCUUAAAAAGACACUUGGUGUCGAUUAAGCAAGCUACGGUUGUUUCUAUCUCUCUCUCUAUCUCUCUCUUAUGUAUUCACUAUCCUCAUUUUUCUCUUUUUACUAUAAUAAAUAAAGUAACUUUUUCUUUC